CCGAGGAUCGCAGUGCGCGUGGCCGCGACGGCUGGUGUGAGGUUGGAGUCAGUUGUGAGACCCGGAGUUGCCGACCCAGCGGGAGGCCUACCGACCCGGUGACAGAGCGGCAGGUGUCGGGGUGCGGGAGCCGUGCGCUGGCCCCAUCAUACAGCUCGGCUGAGCCGGCGUCGCCGUCGUCUCCCGCCCGCAGCCAGCAAACCACCGCCGCGGGCGCGCCCCCGCUCUGUGUUUUUUCUCCUAUGGCGUCCGCCUCUGGGGCCAUGGCGAAGCACGAGCAGAUCCUGGUCCUGGACCCGCCCACAGACCUCAAAUUCAAAGGCCCCUUCACAGAUGUAGUCACUACAAAUCUUAAAUUGAGAAAUCCAUCGGAUAGAAAAGUAUGUUUCAAAGUGAAGACUACAGCACCUCGUCGGUACUGUGUGAGGCCCAACAGUGGAAUUAUUGACCCAGGGUCGACUGUGACUGUUUCAGUAAUGCUACAGCCUUUUGACUAUGAUCCCAAUGAAAAGAGUAAACACAAGUUUAUGGUACAGACAAUUUUUGCUCCACCAAACACUUCAGAUAUGGAAGCUGUGUGGAAAGAGGCAAAACCUGAUGAUUUAAUGGAUUCUAAAUUGAGAUGUGUUUUUGAAAUGCCCAAUGAAAAUGAUAAAUUGGGAAUAACUCCAGGGACUGCUCCGGCUGUCACUUCAAUGAGCAGCAUCAACAACACAGUUGCAACUCCUGCCAUUUAUAACAUGAAGAAUGACCCCAGGGGACUCAAUGUGUUCAAACAGGAGAAGCAGAAGAAUGAUAUGGAACCUAGCAAAGCUGUUCCACUGAACGCAUCUAAACAAGAUGGACCCAUGCCAAAACCGCAUAGUGUUUCACUCAGUGAUACUGAAACAAGGAAACUCAUGGAAGAGUGUAAAAGACUUCAGGGAGAAAUGAUGAAGCUAGCAGAAGAAAAUCGACACCUGAGAGAUGAAGGCUUAAGGCUCAGAAAGGUAGCACACUCGGAUAAACCUGGAUCAACCUCAACUGCAUCCUUCAGAGAUAAUGUCACCAGUCCUCUUCCUUCACUUCUUGUUGUAAUUGCAGCCAUUUUCAUUGGAUUCUUUCUAGGGAAAUUCAUCUUGUAGAGUAAAGCAUGCAGAGUGCUACUUCUUUUUUUUUUUCUCUUGACCAGAAAAAGAUUUGUUUACCUACCACUUCAUUGGUAGUAUGGCCCACGGUGACCAUUUUUUUUGUGUGUACAGCGUCAUAUAGGCUUUGCCUUUAAUGAUCUCGUAUGGUUAGAAAACACAAUAAAAAAACUGUUCGGCUACUGGACAAAUUGUAUAUUACCAGAUCCUCACUAGCAGAUGUCAGUUGCACAUUCAGUCCUUUAUGAAAUUCAUAAAUAAAGAAUUGUUCUUUCUUUGUGGUUUUAAUAAGAGUUCAAGAAAUGUUCAGAGUCUUGUAAAUGUUAUUUUAAUAAUCCCUUUAAAUUUUAUCUGUUGCUGUUACCUCUUGAAAUAUGAUUUAUUUAGAUUGCUAAUCCCACUCAUUCAGGAAAUGCCAAGAGGUAUUCUGUGGGGAAAUGGUGCCUCUUAACAGUGUAAAUUUUCUCCUUUACCUUUGCUAAUAUCAUGGCAGAAUUUUUCUUAUUCCUUGUGAGGCAGUUGUUGACUGAGUUUUUCAUCCUUACAAUCCUGUCCCAUGGUAUUUAACAUAAAAAAAAUAAAACUGUUAACAGAUUCUUGCUCGAUAGCUUGUUUGUGUCUGUCGUGUCAUUAGACGGGGAUACCAGGGAAUCUGUGCUAUGAUAAUUUGAAAUUAUAAUGCAUAAUUUUGUCUUGCCUUGAAACUCUUUCAGAUAACUACAGUAUUUGAAGGUUAAAAUCCUCAUUCUCUUAAGGGAAGGAAUUGAUAAAUUUCCAAGCUACUUUUGGUAUUUUGGAAGAUCAUAAUCAGUUUGUCUUCAAUAAGCAAGUACCGUGAGAAUAAAAGUGCUAUAAUUUUUGUCAGUUUAUGUGUAUGCCUUGUGGCUCUAUUGUGUUUAAUUUACCCCAGUCUCACUAGGUUCUUUUAGUAUCUUCUUAAGGAAGACUCAUUAUCCUUGGUUGUUGUAGUCAAGUGCUUUUUAACCAACCUAAUUCCUUGUAUAACAAUUUCAUAAUAAUAGUUAAAAGGAGGUGUUUUUUUCUGUCCAAUUUGACACUCAAAGUAAAUUCCCAUUAUGGAAAUUUGGUAUUACUGAGCAAGCCUUGGGAAUCUUCUUUGUGAAAAAUGACUUUAUCCUUUGCAAAUCUGUUAACCACAUGAAACACGUUUUUAGUAUAAAUGUGCAUUAUAGGGUCUGAUACUUUCCUGCACUUAGUCUUAUGUCUUAUUCAUUUCAUUUGUACUGGCAUAGAAAUUUUGCAACCAUAGAAAAUGUAUUCAGUUUUUUUUAUUGCGUACAAUCUAAUACAAGUGACUUUUGAUCCUGAAAAUAGGCGUUGGUUUUGUAAAAGAUGCACUUCUAUCAGAAAGGGAAAUUGGACUUUGGGACUUGAUGUGGUGCAGUGGAGUGUGUUAGGCCCAAGUCUGUGUAUACAUUUUAUAAAUGAGAGAUAUUCUAAAGUAUUUUGUUUGCCUUUUCAUUUUAAGUAUGUUUUGAUUUGUCACAUCACAUGCUUUGUGCCAUUGGUUCUAUGGUAUUUUUUAUUUAAAAAACCUCUUGCUGUGUGCAGAAGUUACUAAAAACUAACACAAGUAACACCUAUCUAUUACUAGCAUUCUACUGCAGAUAUGUAUCCAUUGUUGUAUGCUUUACAGUCAUUAUAAAAUUUCCCUCCCUGUCUGAUAACUGGAAAAGCAUGCUAGAAAAAGUCUUGCAUUUUCAUCUUAUAAAUGCAGAAUCAGUAAUUCCUUGGCUUAAAGCUGUCUAUAUAAUCUACAUUGUUGGUGGUAAGUAUCAAGCUUGAUAUUUCAUGGCUAUCGUUUUUUUUUAAAAUUGUAGUUCUCAAAAAUUUAGCAAAAUCCCGUUUGAUGGGAAUGCUCCUUAGAAUUUAUUUUGUUCAACCCCUUUGUUGUAUAGUUCAGGAAUCUGAGGCCUUGAUGAGAGUUAAGAGAGCAUUCCCCAUGUCUCAAGGUAGUUAGAGGCAGAGCUGGACCUAGAAAUCUGCUUUCCUGACUAGCUCGGUGUCUUUUUCUGGUAACUAUAGAAAAAAAAAAAGUGUCUUAAUUUGACAAGACUUAAAUAAUGAACAUAAGAUGUUAUUUAAUAAGUGUAUGUGAAAUUCUCUAUCAUAAGAUUGUAUUAUUGGAUACUGUUGAAUAGUUUCAUGUAUAUGUUUGGUUUUAGUGUUUAAGGCUAGAAAUCCUCUCCCCAUGCUGGUAAUAAACACUAUAAAAUACAAUGUAUUUUUAGAUAGGCCUUCUACAAAAUGCAUUAUGUAAUGGUUGGUUUUGAGAUAGAUUGUAUAGUCUGGGUAGCAUCUGCAAAAUAAAGUGUACAUCGGCUUCUUAACUGCUUUACAUAUCAGCUAUUCUGAUUGUAUAGGAGACUUAAUUUCUGUUCUUUUUAAUUGCUGUAUAAAAUGUGAUCAGAUUAUUUUACUACCAGUGGUAACUUUAAAAGAGUCCAACUGUAUUAAUUGGCUGACAAUAAUAUAGAUUAAAUUAUCUUCAUUCCUUACAUGUUUAGAAAUUUUUUUUGCCUGCCUGCUUACUUGUGUAUGUAGUAAGCAUGAGGGAAAUACACUGUUGCUAAUACUGAAAUCACAAUCAAAUAACUAAGGCCUUAAGUUCCUAUGUGACGCUUGCUAAAUGCACUACCUUCCUUCAUUGUUUCUAUAACAUGUACCUUAGCUUUGCCCAUUGUUGUAUUAACAAGAAACAAAUUUAAGAAUUGUAUUCUGGGUGUGUUACCUUUAAAAAAAAAUGACACUUGGAAAAAUAUGUAUCAAAUUUAGAAAUUCUGGUCAAAGAAAAAAUCUUAAUUUCUCCAUUAAGUAUUUUAGGUCAAAACUUCUAAAAUUGAUAUUAUCUGUUGUGGGAAUUACUUUUGGAUUGCAAUCAUUCGAAUUAUGCUACUUUGAAAACAAGUGUUAUCAAUAAGGUAAAAAACCAGUUCUUGUGGGGUAUAUCCCCAAAUUGUCAUCUGCCACUUUAAAAACAUUCAAGUAACAGUUUCCCUAGAGCUUUGCACAUUCCUAUUCAGUGAUUUUUGGUGUGUGCAUAGUUUUUUAAAAAUUGACUUUUGUGAGAGUUAGGGGAAGAUCAAUGUUUACCGUAUGGAAAAACAACAAAAUAAGGUAAAGAUCUUUAUUUUCUAGCUUUCUAAGGAAAUUAAACUGUUGGGUGAAUAAAUAAACUGAUUUAAAAUGUG